UUCAAAUUACCGCAAGGCCUCAAAUCAAGAGCGAAUCCUCUGGAAUUGGAGCAACAAUGGAGUCCAGUUCCAAGAACUACAGCCAUUACGCUUACGAUAGAGAAGUAACAACAGAAAUGGAGCAAGAAGAGAAGUGGGCGCACUUGAUCGUAUACGUAGCAGCAGGAGGAACCACCGUAGCAUUGGCGUGCGCGAACAAGUUGGGAGCUAUGUUGCUGAUAACGGAACGAUGGCGGGUUCAAGUUUUCCUCCUUCUCAACUUCCUUCUCCUGGCAAUCUUCCUCACUUCCCUCCGCUCCGCCUCCCCUGCUUCGGUUCCUCCGCAACCCAGACAGCAAAAACAGAGCUGCAGCGGGCGGUCGGAAUCCGAACCGUGUUCGGAGAGUCGAGUAGCUGAGAUCAGAGCAACAGAGAAGAAGGAGAGCUCUGGAGUGGUGAAAGAGAAAGUUGAGAAUGAAUUAUCAGAAGGGGGUGAUGAAGAAGAGAAGUUGACGAAGGAGGAGCUGAACGAGAGAGCUGAAGCGUUUAUCGCCAAGUUCAGGGAGCAUUUGGUUAGAGAUGCUGCCUGCAUCCAUUGAUUCAAGAAUGGCAGAGUGGGGAGAAAAUUGCAUCUUGGUUAACUUGUAAACAGAGUUGUCCGAACCCAAAUUCGUUUUUGUUUGUCGUCACCUAUUCUUCUUCUUCUUCAGAUCAAUGGAUUAAUUCUUUUCCCCUUUUCAAAAUACAUUUGGUUUGUUAAGAAACCAAAUAUUCGAUG